AAGUCAUUCUGUGAACGUAGGUCAUGGUAAGAUACAUUUUAACAGUGCUCACUCCUGAUUGACUGUGGUAUCAUUUGGCUAUAUCUUGGGAACCACUGGUCUGGUUUUGAUUACCCUAUACACAGACAUGCUGCGUUGCAUGUUAUAGAGGUCUGCAUUACAUGACACUUCUACAGAUAAAACCAACCGUGUUGGACACAUGCUUACUGUAGUUAAUGAGUUACCCAAUUACAGCGGGCUUUACCCAAACAAUAAAACCGUCAAGGCUGGACAUGAAGGAUUUCAUGGGUGUUGCAAUGCAAUAGAUUUUAUUGAGAAGGCCGCUUUCUCUUGACGGUAUCCUUAACCCGGUAACGCUUGACAACCCUUGCCUGGUGUCUGCUGUAAACAGAGAUGGUGUCAGUAUAACAGCGCUGGGUUGCCAGGAAAGCUAUUCAGUCAGAGGCAGUUACAGCCUCACAAGAUGGAUCAAAUAUCCCUUUUCAGAGUGCUUCUACUUGCUCUUUUGCAGAUUUGCGUUUUUAGAGUUGAAUUCACAGUGGCACAGAAGGAUCCAGAAUUUCUGAACUUUUCAACUAUUGUUAAAAUUCAAGAGGACAGUCAACCCAGCAGUUUGGUGAAGGAGUUCCAGGUGAAGACUGCUGACCCCAACCCUCAGAUUGAGAUAAUUAAUAUAGACCCACCUACCACUGUCUUUGCAUUGUCCACCAUUCCUCAAGGAACAGGGGAUAUUCACAAUGUGAAGCUAAGACUCAGCAGUAAUGCCUCGCUGGAUUUUGAGACUCUGAGGUUAUACAGGUUAGAGCUCAGGGUGAGCACUAACAACAGCACCGCCACACGAACCCUGGAAGUGGAAGUGCUGGAUGUCAACGAGCCACCACAGUGUGAUGCUGUUUUUCAGUUUCCAGGUGCAGUGGUGAAUAUUCCAAACGAUCUGACAGUUCCUAUAGAGAUUUACCAUGUUGUGGCCUCUGACCCUGAUAUUAGCAAUACAUUAAAUUACAGGAUUCACCAAGUCUGGCCCACCUCCGCAAGACCACAGUUUGUGAUUGAUGGCACAGGCACUAUUUAUUCCAACCAAGGGUUUGAUUAUCAAAGCGGUGACAAGGAUUUCAUUGUCAAUGUGACUGUAAGUGAUGAACAAGGUGCCAGCUGCAAAGGCAAAGUCAGGAUUGUGAUUCUGCCAGUCCUCAACCACACACUCAACUUCAUGGUUCCAUCUCAGUCUGUCACUAUCUCAGAGGACAUUCCAGCUGGUUCAGUGGUGGCGAUAGUGAAAGCUCUAGGCUCUGAUGUGCGCUAUGAGCUUGUGAGGAAUUAUCCUGCUUACAGGAUAUCCCAGGAUGGGAUCAUCCGAACCAUAUUUGAACUUGAUCUUGAAGCAAAUGGAGCGCUGCAGUGGAGCAUCCUGAUGAUUCGAGCCUUCAGCAGCACAGGCCGCAGCGGCACUGCGACAGUUAAUGUUACUGUGCUGGAUGUUAAUGAUAACCCACCUACCUGCACACCUUCGGCCAUAGUGCUUUCUAUCCCAGAGACCAUAGCUGAAUACAGAGAGCUGGCCACUCUCAGCUGCAGCGAUGCGGACAUCACCAAUAACAGUGUGUCGUACCAGCUGGAGCCCAACGCAGUAUCCCAGUUCAAGUUCCGUCUGCAGGGGAGCCAGCUCCAGGUGAACAACACUUUGGAUUAUGACAGCAAUGAAAUUGAGCACAAUAAAAUCCAGUACAAAGCCACUAUUUUUGUCAUUGAUGGCGGCCUGCCACCUCUCACAACUGUAGUGCAGGUGUUGGUGAUGGUGACCCCUGUCAAUGAGUUCCCACCUGAGUUUCAGCCACCAUUUCAGUUCUCGGUUGAUGAGGAUGCUGGCAGAGGCACUGUGAUUGGGAUGGUGAAGGCUACCGACCGCGACUGGAAACAUGACUCUAUCCGCUACUCCAUUAUAGGCGCAGACCAAGGCUUCUCCAUCAAUUCCAAGACCGGAGCGCUCUAUCUCAGAAGAGAGUUGGACUUUGAAAAACAGACGACUUACCAGCUUGUCGUCCAGGCUGAGGAUCUGAACCAGGACGUAAACCCGAGCAACCGGAUGCAAACCACACAGGAGGUCACUAUUAUGGUCCAGAAUGUUAAUGAUAACCCACCAGAAUGCAACCCAUUUUAUGAAACAGAAAUUUACUCUACUCUCAGUCUAACCGAGGAAAUCCUGUCAUUGAUUUGCUGGGAUAUUGAUGGAAAUAGACUGACGGCAACAAUGAUCAAUGGUGGUAAAAAUGAUCGCUUUCGUUUGAACGAACUGCAGCUGUUUUCGAAAAACGCCUUCUUGUAUAAUCCAGACGGGAUAUUUGACCCCACAUUUUUUGAGCUCAUAAUUGAGGUGACGGAUGGCAAAUAUUCCACAACGGUCCUGGUCAUUAUCCACGUGAAGCCGUGGACAACCACAGUGCCCACGACCACAACACCAACAACAACCAGGAAGCCACAGGUGCAGACUGUGCUCAGUUCUUACUGGGAGCCGGAGCCCUGGUUUGUUGCCGUGAUGACUGUCACAAUCACCCUUGCCUUGAUCACACUGGGACUGCUCAUCUGGAAGAUCCUGCAGUGUACUGCGGUUUCUGGAAAACCUACCGAAAAGAUGACCCAGCCGCUACUUCAAAACACGUACGUGAAUUUUUCUGAAGAGACCAAACCACAAAACCCACGUGACACACAAGCAGCACCUCCAGCACCUCAGGUAUUUGAUGGACAAGCUCAAGAUCCAGUUACAGGAAGAAACUAUCUGUUUAACACGAUCACAGGGGAGAGACGUUGGACUUAAGAUUUGAAUCCCAUCAAUCCCCCCCC